GUCUCUGUCAGUUACACUAAGAAGAUAAUCCGGUUCCAAAAUGAGCAACUUUAGACAGAUCCUGGCAGAGAUUGGUGAGUUUGGUUUAUUUCAGAAACGCUUGGUGGCUGCUUUGUGCAUCCCGAGUGUUUUUGUUGCUUUUGAUGUGAUCGGACAGGUGUUUACCGCCAUGAGCUACCCUCACCGCUGUAACACGGACUGGAUCUUGGAGCGUGGUCCCAACCUGACAGAUGAAAGCAAAAGAAACCUCACCAUCCCCGUGAACAGCGAAGGAAAGUUUGAAAGCUGUGAAAUGUUCAUACCAGUAAAUAGGGAUUUGGAAACGAUAGAAAAGUAUGGAAUUAAUUCAACAAUAGGGUGCAUGAACGGAUCGGAUUUUAAUUUGCCUAAUGGGGCUUCCAGCAUAGUGACAGAGUUCAACCUGGUGUGUGACAGGAGCAGCUUGAUAGAAGUGUCCCAGUCUGUUUACAUGGCCGGCCUUCUGGUUGGAGCAUUUGUUGCUGGGCAGAUGGCUGACAGGUUAGGCCGACGGUUUGUGAUCCUGCUGUCUCUCCUCCUCCUGUUCUUGUUCGGUGUAGGUGCUAGCUUCUCACCAAACGUCUAUGUUUACAUCGUUCUUAAGUUUAUUUGUGGCUUCUCGGUUUCUGGAAUCCUUGUCAAUGCAUUUGUCAUCGGUGGAGAAUGGAGUGACUCGUCUAAGUUUGCUCUUUGCACCAUUAUCUCUCACUCUUGUUUUCCUCUGGGGUUGAUGAUAUUAUCUGGAAUUGCAUAUUUGAUCCGUGACUGGAGGCUCCUGCAGCUGGUGCUCUUCAGCCCUCUUAUCAUUGUGCUGGGAAUCUUCUACUGGGUCCUUCCAGAGUCAGCUCGCUGGCUCAUUACUCAGGGAAGGAAGGAGGAGGCCAUUAAAGCUGUACGGAGAGCAGCUAAAGUAAACAAGAGAAAUGCGCCCGAAGAGCUGCUAGAAAAACUGGAGGUUGAAGGUACACCCAAAAAAAGAACCAUGUUGGACAUCUUCAGGAAAUCCUAUCUGAGAAAACGAGCUUUAAUAAUGAGCGGCGUCUGGUUUGCAACAAGUCUGAUGUACUAUGGACUCAGCCUAAACGUUGGCAACUUUGGUUUGGAUAUUUACCUCACACAGUUCAUCUUUGCCGCAGUGGAGUUCCCUGCUCGUCUGGGCACGCUGCCUCUCCUCCAGCACUUUGGAAGAAAGUUCUGUCAAGCAGUAGUGCUGCUGUUUGGAGGUUUAGCCUGUCUUGGGAUUCUCACAAUACCAAAAGGUCACACACACACAGGCUUCAAGGAAUUGUACACCUCCACCUUUGAGGUAAUUGAUAAAGGCUCCAGAGAUGACGGAGGGCUGAUCUGCUCCCUGCACAGCUGGGCGGUGACACGGGGAGGCUGCCCACGCUGCUUCCUGCCCGUCCUGCUGCGUUCACGGCGCUCCUGCGAUACCUGCGUGCGCAACUACACCUAUCCACUCACCUGUGUCAAUGAACGCAACAUAGCUCCCAAGCAAAUUGAUUAG